AUGGAAACUACGCUUAUAGUAUUAUUUCUCACGUGUAUCGUCAUUUAUUUGUUUAAUAGAAAUAGGAAAUUACCACCAGGUCCAUGGGGCUUACCAAUUUUAGGUUACUAUCCUUUCCUCCAAGAUAUGCCUUUCGUUAAAUUUUCAGAACUGUCCCAAAGAUAUGGACGGAUAUUUAGUUUCCGCACCGUGGGCGGACAAUUGGUUGUGGUUUUGAAUGGUGCAAAAACUAUCAAAGAAGUUUUCCUGAAUCGGGCUGAUGAGAUCAUUGGACGUCCUGUUGUGAAUAACUUAAUUUCAUGGGCAACAAAAGGAUAUGGUAUAACACAAGAAGAAGGAGAGAGUUGGCGAGAACAAAGGCGAUUCUUCUUACAUACAUCCAAAACCUUGGGAUUAGGAAAAACAGAAAUGGAAGACCUGCUGCAUGAAGAAGUGGAAGAAUUGAUUCAGGAUUUAAGAAAAGCUAAUGGUGCACCUGUUGACAUCAAAUACAUGUUAACGCAUACAGUUGGAAAUGUGAUAACUCGGGUUUUGUUAAGCACUAGGUAUGAUAAAAAUGAUCCGCAAUUUCGAUUAAUCGAUGAUGCCCUUACUGAGAUCUUGAGGUUGUUCGCAAGUAAUGCUAACUUCCUAGUUGGUGCUUAUUUCAACUUAAAUUUAUUGCUGCGGCCCAGCAUGUGGAAAUUGAAAAAGCAGAAGGAAAUCGUAGAUAAUAUUACAAAAAAGAUCAUAGCUGAACAUAUAAAAUCAUUUGAUGUCAACAAUCCAAAAGACUUAGUUGAUGAGUAUCUAAAACUGAUGUAUGAAAAUAGGAACAAGAAGAUACAGAAUAAUGUAUUUACUGAAGGUAGACUACAUGCUGCCAUUUUGAAUAUACUCGUUGAUGGAAUCGAGUCUACCGGAGGUUCUAUUUUUCUGUUGCUGCUAGAGUUGUCCAAGUACCCUGACGUCCAAGCCGCUGUGCAACAAGAGAUAGAUUCCGUCGUUGGAUCGGACCGGCUGCCAUCUUGGCUCGAUCAUCACAACAUGCCCUACUUUGAGGCUGUCAUUCAAGAGCUUUGGCGUUUUGCUGCUCCUGUUACUGUCACGACGCUUUAUUCGAAUUUUAACGAAAUGACAAUCCACGGAUACAGAAUCCCAAAACGAAGCAUCAUUGUUGCCAAUUUAUGGAGCGCAAAUAAUGAUCCCGAAUCGUUUCCAAAACCAGAAAAGUUUCAACCAGAACGAUUUCUAACUGCAGAAGGGAAAAAAGAAAAACGAGAAGGACCUUACCCAUUUGGUUUGGGAAAGAGAGCCUGCAUUGGUGAAUCUCUGUCUCAGAUGGAAGUUUUUGUUGUAAUUGCAUCCAUUCUUCAAUCCUUCAAUGUAAUUCCAAGAAAUGAUGAAUAUCUUCUACAAAUUGUGCCAAGAUUGUGGCUUGUAGCUAAAUUCAUGCUAUUUCUUAACAAAUUAUGGCUUUUGGAUAAUUAUGUUUCUUCCUCUCUUCUUUAUGCGGCUGUUGUAUUAAUUAUAACUUGGCUAAUUCUUUACUUAUGGAACAAAAAUCGGAAGCUACCCCCAGGACCAAUGGGGUUACCAAUUUUCGGCUUUUAUCCAUUCCUAUCUGCAAAGCCCCACUUACAAUUUGCUGAAUUAACGAAAUUGUAUGGAGAUGUUUUCAGUUUUCGUACAGUUGGAGGAAAACUUUUUGUUGUUUUGAACGGCGCGAAAACCAUAAAAGAAGUUCUUGGGAAUAGAUCUGAUGAGUUUAUUGGAAGACCAGUUGGAAGUAAUUUAGUUGCUUGGCUUUCUGAAGGAUAUGGUAUUACCCAAGAAGAAGGCACGCCAUGGAAGGACCAUCGAAAGUUUUGGAUUCAAACAUCCAAAGCUUUCGGGUUUGGGAAACUAGAAAUGGAGGAACUCCUUCAAGAGAAGAUAAAGUUGAUGCUGGAUGAACUUAGAGAGAUAGGAGGGAAGCCAACGGACCUCAAGUACCAUAUAUCAUACGUAUGCAGUUGCGCCAUUUCUCAAGUACUUUUUGACAAGAGGUUCGACAAGAAUGAUGACUUCUUUCAAAAUAUCAGGAAAGCCGUCCAUGACAUGGUUAAAAUUUUUGCGGGAAACAGAAAGUAUCUAGUUGGACUUCCCUUUGAUUUAGCACUUUGGUUUCUACCCGGAAUGGACAAAAUUCGAGGAGGAAGAGCAAGAAUAAGAAAAGCCAUCAAUUCAGUCGUCGAAGAACACGAAAAAACUAUAGACCAAGAAUAUCCGAGAGACUACGUUGACGCAUACCUAGUAGAAAGAAGUAAUCGAUUAAAAAGGGGGAAAACGGAGGAGAAUUCCUUUAGUAUCGAGCGUCUUCAAGCAAUCUCAAUGAAUCUGUUUCUGGAAGGAACUGAAUCUGUAAGCUGGGUAAUUUGCAGCUUAUUUUCAAAACUUAGUGAAUACCCAGACGUUCAAGCCAAGAUUCAGAACGAAUUGGAUACUCUCAUUGGGAAAGAAAGGUUGCCAUCUUGGACGGAUCGCCCAAACUUGCCUUAUUUCGAAGCAGUCAACCAAGAACUCUUCAGAUUCGUUUCACCAUUUUUAGUAACGACUCAAUACAGCAAUUUCGAGGAAACAACAAUUGAAGGAUACAGGAUUCCACGUAGGAGCCUUAUAAUUGCCAAUUUGUGGACAAUCAAUUCAGAUCCUGAAAUGUAUCCAGACCCCGAUAAGUUUGAUCCUGAGAGGUUCUUGGGACUAGUCGGAAAGAAAAUAAAACACGAAGGACAUUACCCUUUUGGAUUAGGUAAGCGGGCAUGCGCUGGCGAAUCUUUGGCUCAAAUGGAAGUUUUCCUCAUCAUUGCAUGUAUUCUUCAAUCAUUUACAAUCUAUCCUGGUGAGGAAGGAACAUUUAGACUUAUACCAAGGGAUUAAACAAAUUUUUUACGAUAAAGUGUUUUACGGAAGUGCAAAUAAAGAAGAUUCUGCACAUUUUUUAACCAUAAUUUUUCUUUUGUUUUUUAAAAGUACAAAAAAAAAUACAUUUUCAAAAUUAUAGUCGAGUAAUGUAAAAGACAUCGUUUCAGAAUUUUCAUCGAAGCUGUUAUAAAGAUAACCAUCCCCCCUUAAGCUACAAGUGUAAAAGAAUCAAGUAUUUUAUAUCACUGGUGCCCAACUUAAAGCCCGCGAAGCUUAUCCGUGUGGCCAGUUGCUUUGUUCAAUGUUAAAAUUCAAAACCACUGUUAGUGUCAUGAAUUUGGAGCCAAAUGUUCAGAAAUCA